CGCCGCCCGGGUCAGUUGGCGUUCGGGAGCCGAGGCGAGCGCGCGUCGCCGAGUGACUGGCACCUGCUAGUGGCACUGUGCGUGUGCGUGCGCGCAAGCGCUCGGGAAGGAGACAAGAGAGCAUGUGAGGAAAAAUCGGCAGAGGAGCCGACCCUACCAUCGCCCUGCCCCUUCUACCCUGCCGAGAGCGACCCUGGCCAUGGCAGAGCGCGGGCGUGAGGGAGAGGGUGUGCGCACCGCCCCAGUGUCUUGAGCGGAGGCUGAGGACGCCGGCUGCACGGGAGACGCGGCAGCGAGUCGUGUCAGGCGCCAGGACCGUCGCGAGGCGUUGUGGCCUUGUGCGUCGCCCUUGUUGUGGUUCCCAGUGUUGUAUACGUGUUGAGCGUGUGUUGCCGCCCCCGUGGACUUGAAGCCAUCCACGUGUUCUUGUGUACCUAACCCUGUGUUGUGCGGGCAUUGAAGUGAAGAAAAUCUUUGUAACUUAGAGUGGACUUCCUAAGAACAUUGGAACAAUUUCGUUUGCCGAUAGAAGAGAACGGAAUUGACCAUCGUGUGAACAUUUGAAAUCAGUUAAAAUCAGAACCUUGAACUAGCGUUUGAGCCCAUUUGCUGGUCUCUUCGCCGCCCGCGCGCCCUUCGCUCGUGCCUGUGCGUGGGCGCCGUGACGCAGCGCAGCCAAGGUGCGUUACAGAGAGGACUCGGACGGUCGCUUCCUCCCGCGUGACCCUCCUAUAUGCAAACAAAAGCGCGUCGGCUCCGACUUCGCCUCCGCCGCCCACGCAGCCACCGACGCCCUCCUCAGGAGCCCCGGGCCCCCCAGACCCCCCCGCGGCAGCGCCUGCAGCAGCCCGUCCGCCGCCGCCGCGCCGCUCCGCCGCAGGGACAGGGUAUCUAUGUCCUUCUCGGUGGCCAACCCGGGGUCGUCGUAUGCCGCAGCGAGCGCAGCCCAGGGCGCCUGGACACCUGACCAGGACUCCGUCGUCUCGGGCUUCACCGACGCCAGCAUCUACGCGUCGCUCCAGCGCCACCCACAGGCCGGGCCCUUCUCGCACCCGCAGCACUUCCAGCAGCAGCAGUACCACCAGCAACAGCAGCAGCAGCCUCCGCCGCCCCACCUCAGGCGCAAGGCGUCCUUCGUGUCUCUCCGGAGCGCCAAUGCUCGGCCCCUACACAAGAGAGGAAGGCGUGUCAGCGAGAUGACGGCCGGAGUAGGCGGCGACGGGGGGAUGGGCGGCGAGGUGAUCGAGGUGCAGAUCCUCCCGCAGGACGACAACUGGGGAGACAACACCACCGCCAUCACGGGGAACACCUCCGUGCGCUCCGAGUCCUUCCAGGACGUGACUAUAAUCGGGAGAGACCAGGAGACCGGCGUGACCUUCACGUGCCAGCGAUACAUUGGCUCGGCUUUGUGCGCCCUCGUGGCCUUCCUGGCUUUCCUCAGCCCCAUAGCGAUGGUGCUGAUCCCUCGCCUGAACAUCAUCAAGCUGAAGAACGACCCGCCUCUGUGCGACACCGAGUGCGACGGCCUCCUCAUCAGCUUCUCGUUCAAGCUCCUCAUCCUCCUGCUGGGGUCGUGGGCGCUCUUCUUCAGGCAACCCAAGGCCACCAUGCCCCGAAUUUUCAUCUUCCGAGCUCUGGUGACGAUGCUCAUCCUGGUGUUCACGUUCUCCUUCUGGCUGUUCUACGUCGUGCGCAUCAUCGAGAACACGGAGAAGGUGCAAUACCGUUCCAUCGUCUACUUCGCUGUGAGUCUGGUCGACGCCUUGUUGUUCAUCCAUUACUUGGCUGUGAUUCUCCUGGAACUCCGACACCUGACGCCCCAGUACAGCGUCAAGGUGCUCAGGUCGCCCGACGGGGAAAGCAGGUGGUAUAACAUUGGCCAGCUGAGUGUCCAGCGUGCAGCUGCAUGGGUCUUGGAGAAGUACUACCAGGACUUCUCCAUUUACAACCCCUACUUGGACCGCCUGCCCUCCAAGAAAAAGCACUCGACCAACUCCUCCUUCAAGUAUUAUGAUGUGGAUGGCAAUGAGGAAAAUGCUGAGGGCCAUACACGAGCUGUAUUGACUGCGAGUGCUCGACGACGCGAUUCCGCUCACAAUGAAAGGUUCUACGAGGAACAUGAAUACGAGAGAAGAGUGCGUAAGCGAAAGGCUCGGCUCAUAACAGCAGCUGAAGAGGCUUUCACACACAUUAAGCGAAUGCAUGAAGAGCAGGGUCCAAGUGCUCCAAUGGAUCCUCAUGAAGCAGCCCAGUCCAUAUUCCCCUCUUUAGCACGAGCUUUGCAGAAGUAUCUGCGCAUCACAAGGCAGCAGCCAAGACACACCAUGGAGUCGAUCCUGAACCACUUGGCCAUCUGUCUUGCACAUGAUAUGAGUCCCCGGGCAUUCUUAGAAAAGUAUCUCUUAUCAUCGCCUGUGUUACAGAAUGAUAAAGAACACCGAGGAGUCCAGUCAUGGGGUCUUGUGUGUGACCAGCUUCUUUCUCGAGCAAUCGAUGAAGGCACCAUUUUCCAGCUACGCCAAGCAGAUGUGUGUCUUCUGUGCAGUGUCCAUGCUAUUCCACACUUUUCUAUAGCAGAGGAAAUCAUUCACCCGAAAAGCAACAAAUUUGUUCUCAGGCUGAACUCAGAAACCAGUGUAUAAUUCUAUCAUUUUUGUGACAAAAUGGACUUAUAGAAUUUUCGGACAAUUUAAAGUGUUGAGUGCGAUAAAGAACGCUACAUUUACUGGUUCCACUGACAUUCAAGUGAUACCCAUGUGUGUCAAUGUGUUCCCUCUGCCUACCAUGCCAAAGUUAAUAGACAAUUCCCAGUUAACUGUGUGAAUCAACUCUCAAAUUAUAUCAUGUUCCUGAUGAUACUCUAACCUGAAAUGGAAUAGGACAACAUUGUUGUCUUCAUAUUCAUUAUAUGUUGUUUGCAUAAAAAAAUGUUAAUGUCAUGUUCACAAAAGUUAUGCUUAAAAGUGAGAACCAACGAGUGUAUUAGAGGUGUAGAGAGAAUGGACAUCUCGUCAUCCCUUUGGAAACGUGAGGACAGUACGUACCCAUACACCCAAAAGCUUUGUAAAUGGUUGUUGUCUGAUCAAGAGAAUCAGAAGUAGAAAAACUGCACAAGAAGUACACCUCAUCCCACCUGAAGCUUCCGUUGUGCUGGCCCUUAUUUGUUGUUGCCUUACGAUCUAAGCUAUAAAAUUUGUCUUUGUUUCUUUCUUUGUGUUCUGUGUACCUUUCCUUAUGAUCAGAGGACAAAGACCCAGUGCACAGUCAAGGAACAGGUUGUAUGUAUUAAUUUCCUAAGCUCAAAUGUGUAUACCUUUAUUAUACCCAAGAACAGAAAGUUCACCACUUUCUAGUCGUCUGUUAUACAUGUAGAUCUGUGUGAAUGGAUUUUUGUAAAGGAGCAUGCUAUGAGGGAUGUAAAAGUAAAGUGUAAUUAUGUUGCAUAAGUAAGUGUAGUUUAAAUUAACAUUCUCAAGAACAUCAUUUCAUAGUAAAUAAUUCAUUCAUUGCUGUUUAUUGUGCAUGCUGUACCUCAGAUGUUACAGUGCCAUGCUGAGAGAAGCACAAUUGUGAUGUCUCUGCACUCGUCAUUUUUUAUGUAAGAGUAACAUUGAAAAGGUAAAAAUCAAUUAUCAUCAUCAUUAUUAUUAUUUCUAUAAUUGAUAAUGUAAUGCAAUAUGUCAGUUAUUUGACUUUUUUAUAUUAACUUUUUAUAUUUUUGUUCAGUUGCAUCUAGGCAUAUAUGAGAUAUUGGAAUGCUUGAGGGUUGUUUCUUGCUAGCAAAGCAAGGAUGAAGAAGUCCAUCAAAAUGUUCAAGAACGAAGUAUAAUUUGUUUGUUUUCAUCAUUUAGUGACUGCCUAGUUUCUCAAAGCCAAUAUUGUGUUCUGGGCAUAGUUCAAUAUUCAGGCUGUUAGUGUCAUGUGUUUUACAUGUCGUUUGUCAUCCCUAUGCUUCUCUUAGCAAAAGUUGUAAACCAGUACAAGCCCCUGCGAUGGCAUGUGAAAUUAAGUUCCAUCUGGUGCGAUUAUGUUUUUAC